AUGUGGAUUUUUAUAUUAUCACAGUUCGGAUGGCCAUAUGUAUUUUAUACUACGGGCACUUUAGGACUUGGAUGGUGUUGAUAAUGGUAUUUGCUCGCUUAUAACACACCUCGUGAAUAUCCUCGUAUUACUAAAGAAUAACUAAAUUACAUUCAGCUAAAUGUUAGUAAAGAGGUAAAAAAUACCAAAUUAAAAGUACCAUGGCUGCAAAAAUUUAAGUCUUUGACAGCUUGGGAAAUUGCAAUUACAACAUUUUGAAGGAUAUUCCUGAAUUAUUUUAUUGUAAAUGGACCCACAUUUAUGGAUAUGAAAUUUUAAACAAUUGGUUUUCUAUCGGGAAUGCCUUUUAUUUGUUUAUACUUCUCAUCGGACCUGUUUUGUUAUAUUGCUUAUAUUGUUAUAUUUUGCAAAGUCUUAAAUCUUACCAAAGAUGUUGCAUGAGGAGCAAAUGCUCGCUCAAUUUUCACGUUAUCACAGAUCAUUCCAGGGUUAUUAAUUUACUGUAUAGCAUAUGUAGAUACCUGCCUGAAUAUACAUCUUUUAUUAUCAAUUUGGUUUAUAGUGGUGAUAUUUAUAACAGGAUUCUAUGCAGCAUCAAUGGCAAAUAUAAUUGACUUAGACCCGAAUUAUUGUCAUUCUGCUGCCAUAAUAGCAUUCUGGCAAACUAUUCAUAUGUCCACGUGUUUUAUUUCACCAUUAACAGCUUGAUUUAUUGUAACUCGAGAUGUGAAUUUUAAUAUAUAUAUUCUAUAUAUAUAA